CAAUCAGAUUGGAUUGAAUCUAUAGUUAUUAGUCCUUAGGGACAAUUUUUCUUUCCUUGACAAGUACCAGCAGUCAGUAGAACUAGUCUUUCACAAGUACAUAUUUAAACAUUCUCAGUUGAGAUUUUUUUUUGAGAUGAAUACAACAGAAUGUUCUGAUAUAUAUUUCGCGGAAGUAAUAACAGAUUAUGAUAAUUUCAGGAAUCCAGUUAUUGCUUUAACUUUCUUCGUCAUUGUUUUGUCAAUCACAGCAACUCUUGGAAAUGGUUUGAUUAUCGUGGCCAUCUUGAGAUCACAAAACCUCCAAACACCAUCUUAYYUACUGAUAACAAGUUUGGCGUUUACAGAUCUUCUGAUUGGAUUGGUUUAUCAUCCUUUACUUAUUUUCAUUAACAGUUUUAUGCUGAAAACGGAGAAAAUACUUUGUGAGGAUUUUUCUUUGUUCYUYGCUGUCUCCACCAUAAAUUCCUUUCUCGCUUUGAUUUCACUUCUUAUGAAUGCUUUCAUCAGYAUCGACAGAUAUCUAGCGCUGAGUCUUAAGCACCGAUACAGAAUUCACGUGACGAAGAAGCGAGUUCGCGUCGCUAUYAUAUUUGGAUGGGUUGGAACUAUUUUCCUUGUUUUGGUCAAAACAGUUAUAUUUGGCACUAAAGACGUUUAUUCAACGUUUCUCCUGGUAGCUGCCACGCUGGCCAUUUCCCUCGGUAUUUACAUUAUGACCUUCAUAACUCUUCACCGUUACACAUCACAAGUACACGCCGAACAUCCGAACUUGUCACAAGGGAAUUUUGAUGUUGCGAAAUACAGAAAAACGUUGAAGACGAUGGUCGGCAUAUGGGGAUGCUUUGUAGUUUGUUCCAGUGCUUUAAUUACACCAACCAUUACUUUCUUGGCUUUUGGUCGCAGUGCCGYCACAGUUUAUGGAGCUAUGGUUAGUUAUGCAGUAUUCGGAGCUAAUUCCACCAUAAAUCCAAUUAUUUAUUUGACGAGAUUUAAAGAUAUUCRGCAAGAAUGCAAGUUACUAUUUCGGCAAAUGUAAAUUACCAAUCAUUAUAACGCUAUUACCAGAGAGGGGUUKUCUAUAUGCAAACGCUAUCAGUAUCAUUGCAAUUAUUAUUUUUGGAUUGAUUUCAUGCUUUAUAAUGCCUUUAUCAGCAUUGACAGAUAUAUAGCUCUUGCCGAUAUAGAAUUCAUGACGAUAAGAGGCCAAUUUGCAUCCCUAAUUUCAAGCUGUACUGGUCCACGAUAUAUYUCCUGCAAAUUGAUUUAGUCGACGUUUUCUCAUUUGUAAGUCUUUAUUCACUGAUGGUAGAUUGAUGUUUUCAUAGUUGAAAUUGUAAWGUUUAAUGUAAAUGAAACAUUCUGUUGACUUAAAGUAUCGCUUGUUCGACAGUUGAAAUUAUAAACUUUACACUUUUGCACCCCCUCAUACAGUUCUCUGUUAAAAUUCGCGACUUUGCACAGCUGUAUCUUAUGUUUUUGACGCACCACCUUCAAAUUUGGCAGGCUUACUAAUUCUAGACUGUUCUGUCCUGUGGAGGCGAUGAAUUUUCGUUAACUGAUUUGUGUCAAAUGGCGGAAAUAASCUUGAUUUGUUCUAUUGAACUAUCGAUAGCUCGACAGUUGAAAUUAUGAAACUUUAAURUUGGCUGCAAUUGUGUUUUUCCAAAUAAAAUAGAUAUGAAUAUUUCGUCACUGUAACAUCAAAGAACUCUCAGAAAUAAAUUUAACGUUUUUAGAACGUUUUAGAACUAUGGACAAAAUAGGGAAAAAGUUAUGGUGAAACGAAAAUACAAAGAAAUGUAUAAUAGAUGGCGGCCAUUAUGGCAAAGGUGUAUGAUUGAUUACCUUACGGAUCUGUUUUCAUUGAUUAUUCUUUUGAAAGUUACCAUUUU